UGUGUGCUUCCAUCCUAGAUGCCUUAGGGCCACGUCCGCUGCCCCAGAGGACUCAUUCCUGGUGGCCAGAAGUUGCCAAGCAACUCACAUGUGUUUGGCAGGUUCCCUUGGAGUCUUCAGCUCCCAGUGACACUCCUGGAAAUCCAGUCCUCCGACCUCCCCAGCUGGCAUCCUCCUCGGCAGCCCACCAAGCCAUGGAGGCCCCGGAGGUCCCCGUGGGCUCACUGAUUGACUUUGAGACAGAGCCAUCCGCCUCCUCACCCGUGGAGGCACUGCCACCAAAGCUGCAGGAUGGGGACAGCGGGUCGGAGAGUGAGACCACCGAGUCAGCAGAUAGCGAGAACGACAUGGGCGAGUCGCCCUCUCACCCAUCCUGGGACCAGUACCGCCGCUCCUCCUCCAACGAGUCCUUCUCUUCCAACCAGAGCACGGAGUCGGCCAAGGACGAGGAGGCCCUGGAGCUCAGGGAGUUCAUGCGUGGCUACGUGGAAAAGAUCUUCUCCGGAGGGGAGGACUUGGACCAGGAAGAGAAAGCUAAGUUUGGGGAGUACUGCAGCAGUGAAAGUGGAAAAGGCCGGGAGUGGUUUGCUCGAUAUGUGAGCGCCCAGCGCUGCAAUUCCAAGUGUGUCUCAGAGCCGACCUUCUACCGCCUCGUGCAGUCGUUUGCGGUGGUCCUGUUCGAGUGUCAUCAGAUGGAUGACUUCGGGCCUGCCAAGAACCUCAUGACCAUGUGCUUCACGUACUACCACAUCGGCAAACCACACCUGCUUCCCUCAGAGUCCAAGGAGAAGCCUGCAGGGAGCAUCGACUCCUACUUGAAGUCCGCCAACAGCUGGUUAGCGGAGAAGAAGGACAUCGCCGAGCGGCUGCUGAAGAACACGGAGAACGUCAAGGGCUUCUUCGGGGGGCUGGGACCCCUGGUCAGGAAAAACGAGGAGGAGGAGAGCAAGCCCAAGGACAAGCCGCAGAAGACUGUGACCGUGUGCAGCCCGGAGGAGGAGAGAAAGGGGGAGAAGAUCUACCUGUACACGCACCUGAAGCAGCAGCCCAUCUGGCACACGCUGAGGUUCUGGAACGCAGCCUUUUUCGAUGCUGUCCACUGUGAGAGGAGGAAGCGGUCCCCCACGACCAGAGGGGAUGCUGGAGAGGAGGAGAAGAAGAGGGAGAAGUGGUGCCACAUGACGCAGGAGGAGCGCGACGACAGCCUGCGGUUCAACGAGAACAUCACCUUCGGGCAGCUGGGCACAUUCACUCACAACAUGCUGGCCUUCGGGCUGAACAAGAAGCUGUGCAAUGACUUUCUGAAGAAGCAGGCUGUGAUCGGCAACCUGGAUGAAGAGCAAUACAAGCUGCUGAGCGACCACAUCGAGCAGAUGGCCGCCGAGUAGGCCACGGCCGCCCAGGGCACUCCUCAGGACCGGGGGCACCGCUCUCCUGGGCCAGCAACUGGCUGUCACCCACCUGAUGACCCUGCAUGACAUCGGCAGCACCCAGCGCCACCCCACGCUGCCCCAGAACUAGCGGUUAGAAGACCCCAGCUGCCCGCCUUCCCACCCCCUCUGCCUAUGUCUACUCCCCCGUUCACGUGCCAAAGUGUCCCUGGAUUGUGUGACUAGAAUGAGGUGACGUCCACCCUCCCCAGUGCCAGGCCUGCGACGUGGAAUUGAAGGAAGAGGCAGGAGGCCAGGACCAGGGUGGGCACAGGGCAGUGUCUGCCCACAGCCCCUGCAGGGGAGGGCGGGGCGUGGGAAUGUACAGAGGGCAGCCCCGAGCCAGCCACGACUGACACGGCAGCUGGGAGUCGGUCCGGGGCUCUGCUUCAGGCCUGGCCAGGGCAGAAUCCUCGUCGGCUCCUGCCGAGUGGCAGCGGGUGGCGGGCAGGGCCUCUCAGUGUAGGUCCACGCUGGUGCUGGCUUUUCCCGCUCCUCCCGCCGCGUCACAGGAACCUCCAGGAGGUUCUGAUUUAGGGAGGGAGAGAGGCCGGCGCACAGGGCCCGGCCACAGCCCGUGUGGAGCACCUGGAGAGGUCCCCGCAGCUGUCACCCCAGCGAGCAGUCUGCAUCGCCGUCGGAACUGUUCCUGGUCAGCUGGCAGCUUCCUCCUCUUGCUCGCUGGGAGUGGCCUCGGCCGUCUGUCCCAGGAAACAGCACAGGAAAGAGAUUUCUUCAGUAGCUGCAAGACAACUGCCCUUUCUAAAA